CAGUAACUAGUCUGUUACGGGCUCUGCCGGGUUGUCAGGAAUGCCACGAGCCAGCCCCACUCAACCACGCAAGCCACGACCUCGUGGUCGCCACGCGAUAGGAGGGCCACGGAGAUAGAUCUCAUAUUCUCAUCAAUGUCGGGCUGCCAUCCUCGUGGCUUUUUACCCAGGGAGCACUUCAGGAGCCAUUGCAAAACCAGCUUUACACUACAGAGACUACCUUCUAAUCCGCUGUCCAAUUUACGGUUUUCGGUCGUUGGUUCAUCUGUGAAUGAAAGCAGUCAGCCGCGCUGCCAUGUGGCAUUAGAUUACCCGCUGAGACCCAGGUGGUUGGGACAAAGCAUUUUGGAUACAACUGCUUUGAACCCUUUGUUGAUCAGAUGUGAGUGUGGCUUAAAAGGUAAAAAGCCAUGGCGGCGCAUGCAGAACUUCCAUGCAGAAUUCAGGGCGCGAUCUGCACUCUCGAAUUGGCCAAGGUCAUUUUCCAGGUUGAUUCCAGACGUCGUUCGGAGAGACACUCGGAACGACAUCCACGCCAAACAAGAAAUUCUUUUGGGUUCUUCUGGAAAAGAAAAGGCGAGGCAGGGAAGAGAAGAUGGGGUAAUAUAUCACGAUUGCAUGUGUUAUAGGACUCCUUGCCGUCACCACGCCUCCCACAGCACUCCACCCCCAUUUCUUGUCCAUUCUAAUAAACCCUACGUUCUUUCGACAGCGCUCCCUGAGGCCCCUUAAAUGCCAACCAUCGCCAGCUUCAAUCAAAGUUGCAGCCGGCUGCCUGGGU